ACGCGCGGCCGCUCGAUCAUCGGCCGAUCGAUCGUCAAGCGUGGAUCCGGGAGCAGCGUCGCGCGAUCAGUGCGCGUCGCGCCGCGUGAUCGUACGUUUCGCGCCGUCGCGCCGCGUCGCGCUCGUCGGGCGAGUGCACGUGCGACGCGCUCAGUGAAGUGCGGGCUUUGCGCGAGAUACGAAUUCCACGCUCAUAACGGAUCCGCGCCUCUCCGAGGAGGUCGCGAGGCGUUCGCGCUAGGCCUCGACGCGAGAUCGAACGGAACGUGCACCACGGCCGCGGCUUUUUCGCAAAGCGACGAGUUUCGCGCGACGUUACGCGACUGGCGAGUUAACGAGGAACGGGGCAUGGCAAAAUAAUCUGCCGUCGCACAGCUGGUUUUCCGCGACGCGCCGUCGCCGAACUCGCGAUUACAUCGAUAUACAUUUCAGGUUGAAGAUGAAAAGAAUGUAUAAGUAUAAGAACAUUGAAGAGCAACGAGAUAUUCAAACGAAACUAGAGUGAGCCGCAACUGACCAGGCCUUAAAAAAGGGGCGAGAUGAUCCCUUCACCCACUGCCAAUCGGAGUUUCCUGCACGGAAGCGGCAAGGCUGCCCUAAUCUCCAACAAAGUCGUUUACGCCACUCUCGACAGCUUAGCCCUGAAACGAACGCGAUUGCCUCUGCAGUUGCUUCCUGUGGAGUGCGACAAUGUCGUUGGUAAACUGGACAAGAAGGAAAAAAGACUCAUCAACGGAAAAACGUCGAAUAAACGACCGUCUUACAAGGUGAAAUCCGGAGGUAGUCAUCAAUGGAAAAGUUACUCCAAGUGCCUGGUCUUCCCCUCCGCGAAGGCGGAGAACCAGUCGACGACUCGUGCCACCAGAAUACUAGAUAUCGGAACCGAAUGCAAUAUCGAGAAUACUCCCAGAAAGGAAAUUCAGGCACCAAUAAAUGCGACCGGUGUCGUAGAAAAUACCGUAGAAAGUCCAUUUUCUACUAGACUAUCUGCGAAAGAAGAAUCUCACGUUAAGGACUUUCGAAGCGGCAAUAAUAAUGGUUCAGCGCAUACGCAAACGGAGACGAAUUCUCGCGAUGACACCAGUCUCACCGAGGAUCAAUGCGAGAAGGAAAAGUGCUCGAUCGAAAGAAGACACUCCAAUGCAUCCAGCGACUACGAAAGGAUUAGCAUAACAGAUUACAAAGCGUCCACACACGAUCUUGAAGUUCCAGACGAGGCAGUUGCCGAAUCCAUCGCACACAUUUAUAAGAUAGAGAAAAAUUCUCCGAUUCCCCCGAAGAUAGCCACGAAGUCGCUGUCCGCGAACGACCUGGCGACGAGAGAGGCCACGUACGAGUGCCCUUUCGUGGGAUACUCGAGGCAGGACACGGAGUCGAUUACGAGCGACGAGAGCGAUGACGCGUCGUCGCGGCACAAGAAGAAGAAGAAGAGGAGAUUCACCAGAAACGUGCUGCACUAUGUACCGCGGCAUCUAGUGAAGCAGCCGAAGAAGAAGAAGAAGCUGAAGAAGAAACUCGCGCCGAGCAGCUCGCUGAGUUCCCUGAGGUCCUUGCGAACGGAGGCCUUCCCGAGGACCACCGGACUCCCGGACUCGUGCGUCAAGACCAGGGGCCUGUCGAGGGACGAGCUGAGGAGCGUCGUCAUCUCGUCGCCCACAAACUUCGUCCACGUGGCGUCCGCUACGAAUCCCAGCCUGAUACGAAACCCCGUCGGAUUCGAUCUGGAGCAGAUCGUGAUUACUCAUCAGCAGAUAUGCGCCACGUUACCUCUGAUCGUUAGAAAGGACGAGCGAGGCAAGAGUGGAAACAUCGAGCAGCCCAAGGUCGCCAUAAGAAUGCCACCCGCGGACGACGUAACUGCCAGGCAAUCCGGGCAAAACCAAUCAGCCAUCGAAAGUGUCGCGGAUAGGAGCGAUCGGACGAAUUACGCGGAGAUACAGAGCGACUUCUCGAGGGAUUCCCAGGCGGCGAAAGUUUUCGAGUCCGGCCAGAUGGUGAAAAUCGCGUCCGUGAACCAGGCUGAUUCACCGGAAGAGACGUACGAGCCGGUCUGCGAGUCUACCCCCGCGGCGCCGCCACGGGCCAACUGCAGCUUUCUGUGGAGCAAUCACGGGGCGAAGACAACCUGUCCAAAUGACAAGCCGGACGCGACGGCUGCGUGCCGUGCUUCAAGGGAAAACGACGACGGCACCGACAGCGAGGAAUACGACGACGUAGGGCCGUCGAACUUCGUUGCUCAAGAGGAAUCCGACUACGACGACGUGGGUCCGCCGACCUCUCGCCUCGAGGCCGAGGGGGCCGUCGCCGGGGCAGAGGACUGCGAGGAGAUCUACGACGACGUGAUGCCGCCCAGCUUCAAGCCGGAGAACCCGAGGGUCGUCGACGAGAGCGACUACCUGAUCCCGGGGGCCAGCGACGAGACGUCGCGCGAGGAGCCGGGCGUGGAGCUGCGAGCGACGUCCAGGGCGGGGACGUCGCCGCCGCGUUUCGCACCGACGACGAGCGACGAUCAGUAUUUCCCGGCGGCGAACAAUGAAUAUUCCAGCGUGGACUGCGAAAGUCAUCUGAGCGAGGAGGAGCGGGACGAACUGGGUGUGUAUGACGACGUCGGCCUGCCGCCCGGCGAGGAACGUGUCAAUAGCCUCUACGCCGGCUCCGCACCCGGCUCCGUCUUAGGAUUGACCUCGAUGAACGGCAAGGAAUCCGAGUGGGAGGACCUGGAAGAGGCCUCGUGUGCCUCGCGCUGCCCUUGUCGGACCAAUGAUCCGUGCGUUCGGGGAACCGAGGGGCAAGUCGCGGCGAGCAAGAAGAAGCUCGCUCAACGAUGGUCGCGGAACGCCAGGAGGCAACGGUCCAGGCGAUCUCGCAGGGGCAUCAAAGCGACACGGAUGACCCACGAUACCGCCAUCGACGACAACGUCUCCGACGACAGCACGUACGAGAGUCUGUAUUCCUGCCAGCCGGAUGAUUUCAGCAGCGAUUCGGAAACGGAGAGGAGCGGGUCGCGGCAGCCGCAGGGCGAUCACAGGGUGAUCGACGCUUAUCAGGAAUGUCCUACGAGGCCGACUCCGCCGCCGCCGAGGGAGGCCAGUCUAACUCAGACCCUGGGCAGGCGGAUAAAGAUGCUGCGCAGGACCUGGAGCAUCACCAAGGGCAGCCUAGGUAGGAUCAGGCGGCGAACGUCGGUCGACGAGUCCGGCUUCGACGACAAGGAGCCUCACGCCGUCAACGAGCCUCACGUCGACGCUGGAAGGUACUUCAAUUUCCGGCUGAUGCACUUCAGCCGAAAGAGCGUCGCUGGCCCGCCGACCUUCUACCUAGACGAGAACGACGGGAACGACCGCGACGACGUUCGUGACAACAACAACGGCGUCGCCAAGGAGGCGAUCUACACCAAUAGCCAGUACAUGGGAAGCGGUAGCGACGACUCCUCGACAACUCCGACCGGCACGGAUGUCGAUCAUUACAGCGUGCUCGCCGAUCAGGAGCCUCUCUAUCAGUUUUACGCGGCCUCGGUGGCCCGCGUUGCUUUCGAAUCAGAUUCCGAAGGCUACGAGGAGGUGGACGAUAUGACGUGGAAAACGGAACCGGCCGCGCCGGUCCUUGCCAGAUCAGGACAAAGAAUGCUCUGGUGUCAUACUCCGCAAGUGAUACACAGUGGCCUCUUACAGAAACUAACGCCGGAAGAGAGGAAGAUUCAGGAGGCGAAGUUCGAGAUCUUGACGUCCGAAGCGUCGUACUUAAAUUCUCUUCGGGUCCUACAGAACGAGUUCCUCAAUAAUCAUACGCUAAUGAAUGAGAUUCUAACACCGACCGAGAGGAAGAAAUUAUUCGGCGGCGUGCCGAACGUGUUGUCGGCCUCGCAAACGUUUCUAGCUGAGCUGGAAGCUGUGUGGAGGGAAGAUCCGAUGUUACCAGGCCUGUCGAAAGUAUUGCUGAGGCACGCCGAAAAGUGUCAGGCCACGUACGUGGCGUAUUGCUCGAACCAAGUCAGCAUCGACACGACUCUGAAGGAACUCAAAGCUCGGAAAGGCGUAAAGUUCUUGGAAGCUGUCAAACGCAUAGAGAUGCGACCAGCGUGCCAAAAUCUAUCUCUGCAUUCCUUCCUAAUGCUGCCAAUGCAACGUGUUACAAGACUACCCUUAUUAGCUGACGCCGUUGUUUCCAAAUUGUCGAUGGGAAAUUCGGACAGAAUUUCUUGGGAAAAGGUUUUAUCAACGUUGAGUAACGUCGUUGCUGAAUGCAACGAAGGUGCACGCGCUGCUGCGCAAGAAGCCGAAAUGGAGGCUUUGGCAAGGAAAUUGGAGUAUACCUCGAAAAUUAAACCAAUUAUGCUGAGAGGCAAGCAAUUAGUUAGAAGUGGAUCAGUCGUGCAACUGUCGACAAGAACGGACACCGAAUACAAGCUCACAUUCGGGAAGAAAUUUACCAAGACGCCGCUCUACCUUCUACUACUCACAGAUUAUCUUCUAGUCACAAAAUUGAAAUCUAAUGCUCAUGACGAAUGCUACAUCGUCAUAGACGCGUGCAAACGGAAUCUUUUGGCCCUGGAGUCGGCUUCCGAAGAGUCGCCCUUCGCCGGACGGAACGCCAUGAUCCUAACUUUUCUGGAGAACCAUUGUAGCCGCCAAGUAGAGUACAUCUUGACGUGCGAGAAUAAUACGGAACGGGAGCGAUGGUUGGAAGCUGUCUCGCCGCCCAAACGUGGCUUAGUUGGAGAAACGUUGUACGAAUCCUGGGACUGUCCGCAAGUAAUGGCCAAAUAUCCAUAUUCACCGAAUCAACCAGACGAACUAUCGUUACAGUCAGGGGACGUAAUAAAUGUACUCAGGAAGAUGGCGGACGGCUGGUAUCACGGUGAAAAAUUGUUGGACGGCGAGCAAGGAUGGUUUCCGGCAAAUCACACGAAGGAGGUUGCAUCGGAGCACGUGCGCGCGCGUAAUCUGAAGCAACGACAUCGUCUUUUAGCACUCAGCAACAGCGUAAUACAACAAAGAAGAGCGAGACAAAAUCAGGGCAUUCAUUGACGAAAUUAAAAUGUGAUCUGAGCUCGAAUCAGAUAUUGUGAUUAUUAAUAAAUUAUUUGUUUAUACAUA